AUGAUCACUCUUCCAACCUACAUCGUAAUCUCAAACCAUAUAUCUAAACUUAAAGAUGCCGUUAAUAGUAAUAGUUUGCAAGAAUUAACAAAAUUGGUUUAUUUCUCGCAAUUGGAAGUAGUGGCGGCUGUCAGUAAAUUUGAAGAGGCUUUUGGAGGCAAAGGACCUUAUUAUACACUUUGUUUUGGUGAUCGAGAAUUGUUGUGCCUGCGAAUUGACAUCUUUGUGACUCCGGCUGCAUUACAAUCCAUGCAAUCUGCGCUUAUGUCCAUGGCUUUAUGGACAACUAUGGAUUACAAAAACGUUCCGGAGUUUAGAUAUCUGGAAGAUUUGUUUGACCUCAGGCUAUUGAAGGAUACCAUAGUCCCUGGUAGUAGUACUCAAGUUUCAAAUCAAUCAAUCGACCGUAUGGUUACAACCCUUUUUGGACAGUCUCCAACCGGUGUGCUAUAUCUGGGCAUAAACCAAAGCAAAACUCAUGUGACUCGUGCCUCAGUCUCAAUCAAGUAUCAGAAGCGUGGCAUGCCUCACGGUCAUUUUGUUAUGCCUUUACGCUGCCCUACCUAUCUUAGGGCAACACUGCCAUUUAUACACUGUUUUGCAGUCCUGAGCAAUGGCCCAAUGCCAAAAUAG